AAUGCGCAUUGCUAAUUUGCAUUCUCGCCUUGCCAAAUCCGCUCGCUCUUAUAACGACUUCUUCAGCGCUCUCCAUUUCCCCCACAGUCUAGUCUGCUGCCGCCAUCAUCGUCGCAGCCAUGGCCGUCUCGCUCCAGUUCUCCCGGCUCUCACUCCGCGCCGACGGAUUCAUCACAACCUCCGAGAGCCGUCCAGGCGCUUUCAGUAGCCGGCGGGGGAGGAGAACGCCUUCUUCCGUCCGAUGCUCCGGCGGUGCCGGAGACGAAUCCGGAUCCUUGGCUGUGGAUUCCGAAUUCGACUCCAAGGUGUUCAGGCACAACUUGACCAGGAGCAAGAACUACAAUCGGAGAGGGUUCGGGCACAAGGAGGAGACUCUCGAGCUCAUGAGCCAAGAGUAUACCAGCGACAUCAUCAAGACUCUGAAGGAGAACGGGAACGAGUAUACUUGGGGAAAUGUUAAUGUGAAGCUGGCUGAAGCGUAUGGGUUUUGCUGGGGGGUUGAGCGAGCUGUCCAGAUUGCGUAUGAAGCUAGGAAGCAAUUCCCGGAGGAGAAGAUCUGGCUCACCAAUGAGAUCAUUCACAAUCCGACUGUUAAUAAGCGGUUGGAGGAUAUGCAAGUCGAAAACAUUCCGAUCGAGGAAGGGGAGAAACAGUUUGAGGUUGUGAACAAGGGGGAUGUGGUGAUUUUGCCUGCUUUUGGGGCUUCAGUUGAUGAGAUGUUGACCCUCAGUGACAAAAACGUGCAGAUCGUCGAUACAACUUGCCCUUGGGUGUCUAAGGUGUGGACUACUGUUGAGAAACAUAAGAAGGGAGAGUAUACUUCAAUCAUUCAUGGUAAAUAUUCUCAUGAGGAGACCGUAGCAACUGCCUCUUUUGCUGGAAAGUAUAUCAUUGUGAAGAAUAUGAGCGAGGACUUCACACAGGCAAUGUACGUAUGCGAUUAUAUUCUUGGAGGGAAACUCGAUGGAUCUAGCUCAACCAAACAGGAGUUUCUAGAGAAAUUUAAGUAUGCCGUGUCUGAGGGAUUUGAUCCGGAUAGAGAUCUUGUCAAAGUUGGGAUUGCAAAUCAAACUACAAUGCUUAAGGGAGAAACUGAAGAAAUUGGAAAAUUGGCUGAGAGGACUAUGAUGCAGAAGUAUGGAGUUGAAAAAGUCAACGAUCACUUCAUAAGUUUCAACACUAUUUGUGAUGCUACUCAGGAGAGACAAGACGCCAUGUUCAAAUUGGUGGAGGAAAAAGUGGACCUUAUUCUAGUUGUCGGUGGGUGGAACUCAAGCAACACUUCGCAUCUUCAAGAAAUCGCCGAGCUCCGCGGUAUCCCUUCAUACUGGAUUGACACUGAACAGAGAAUUGGCCCAGGCAACAAGAUAGCCUUCAAGUUAAACCAUGGGGAAUUGGUUGAGAAAGACAACUUUCUGCCAGAAGGACCAAUUACCAUCGGCAUAACCUCAGGUGCUUCCACCCCAGAUAAGGUGGUAGAGGAUGUCCUUAAGAAAGUUUUUGAGAUCAAGCGCGAAGAAGCCCUGCUGGUGGCGUAGACAUAGAUGCUCCGGUGUAAAUAGAUUAUCUGCAUAAUGGGAACACGAAUUAAUUUCAUUCGCAAGUUAUUGCCGUUGUAUCAUUUAGUAGCUGAAAGGUUUGAAGGGUUGAAUGCUGUAACUUGAGACCUCUGAGAGCUUACGAUGUUAAAGUAGUUAUAAUGUAGAGGGCCCUCUGAAGCCCUGUGUACCGGACAGAAGGAUGGUCUCUUCUUGACAAUAACCAGAAAUUUCUGAGUUGAAGCCAAGGGCUUGAGAUCCUAAGAACCAUUACUACAGACUAUAAUAAUGAUGAUUAACGAUUAAAGAGCAAAUGCAGUUGCAAAUUUUAAAUUUUGGGU